UGGUGGUGAUCGGCGCCGGCUUGGCUGGCCUGGCUGCAGCCAAAGCGCUUCUGGAGCAGGGCUUCACGGAUGUCACUGUGCUUGAGGCUUCCAGCCGCAUCGGAGGCCGCGUGCAGAGCGUGAAACUCGAGACUUUGAUCACAUUAGGAGUCUUCCCCGAGAACAUUUCCUGGAAGGCGUACGUGAGGUUGUGUCUGUCUUCUCCUGGCACACACAGGAGUUGUGUUGGCAGUGAGGAUGAAGGCGCCAUCCAAGACACUCAUAAACCUGGGGACAGUCAGCAGGGAAGUCUUAGGACUCUUUGCUCUACACCUGAUGGGGUGGCUGGGAGCCUUAGGGAAGGGGUGGCUCCAUUCCUGGUUCUUGAGUCUUGUUAAAACAUUCAGGGUCUGACACAGAAGCAGAAGACUUGGGGACAAAUGGCCCGGUCUCAGUGGUAGCUGACAGCUGAGACCUGCCAUGCAGUGAAAUGAUGGCACAGGACAACGAGGUGGGAGAAAUGGGGCUGCGGGAGGCUGAGGGGGUACGCAUCAGGCAGGAAGCCUUCCUGGGAGGAGGGAGCCAGGGCAGGGCUUCAGGUGAAGGUGGGAGUUGGGUAGAUAGAAGAAAGAGGGGGCAAUACGUGUGGAAUGAUCUAUGUGAGGAAGACCAGGCCGACCCUGCCAGGAGAGGGGAGAGCAUGUCUGGACAAGGGUGUAUGUACCUGUGUUGUAUGUGCAGUGUGAGACGGUAGCUGUGACUCAUGGUGGUGAGAGCAGGGAUUGAGGACCAGAGGCUCCAAGGACACUGUGGAGUAGACAUGGAGAUGGUGUCUGAUGCCCUUUGGAUGCAGGGGUGUAGCAAGAAUGACAGAGGACACUCCACUUUUGAACUGGGAGCCACCUGGAUCCAUGGCUCCCAUGGGAAUCCCAUCUAUCAUCUAGCAGAAGCCAACGGCCUCUUGGAAGAGACAACUGAUGGGGAGCGCAGCGUGGGCCGCAUCAGCCGCUACUCCAAGAAUGGCGUGGCCUGCUACCUUACCAACCGUGGCCGCAGGAUCCCCAAGGACGUGGUUGAGGAAUUCAGCGAUUUAUACAACGAGGUCUAUAACUUGACCCAGGAGUUCUUCCGGCAUGGUAAACCAGUGAAUGCUGAGAGUCAGAACAGCGUGGGGGUGUUCACCCGGGAGGAGGUGCGCAACCGCAUCAGGGAUGACCCUGACGACCCGGAGGCCACCAAGCGCCUGAAGCUCGCCAUGAUCCAGCAGUACCUGAAGGUGGAGAGCUGUGAGAGUAGCUCGCACAGCAUAGACGAGGUGUCCCUGAGUGCCUUUGGGGAAUGGACCGAGAUCCCCGGCGCCCACCACAUCAUCCCCUCAGGCUUCAUGCGGGUUGUGGAGCUGCUGGCUGAGGGCAUCCCUGCCCACGUCAUCCAGCUGGGGAAACCCGUCCGUUGUGUGCACUGGGACCAGGCCUCGGCCCGGCCCCGGGGCCCUGAGAUUGAGCCCCGGGGUGAGGGUGACCACAAUCACGAUACCGGGGAGGGCAGCCAGGGUGGAGAGGAACCCCGGGGGAGCGGGCGGGAGGAGGAUGAGCAGUGGCCGGUGGUGGUGGAGUGUGAGGACUGCGAGGUGAUCCCGGCGGACCACGUGAUUGUGACGGUGUCGCUGGGCGUGCUCAAGAGGCAGCACGCCAGCUUCUUCCGGCCAGGCCUGCCCGUGGAGAAGGUGGCUGCCAUCCACCGCCUGGGCAUUGGCACCACCGACAAGAUCUUUCUGGAAUUUGAGGAGCCUUUCUGGGGCCCUGAAUGCAACAGCUUACAGUUUGUGUGGGAGGACGAGGCGGAGAGCCGCACCCUCACCUACCCGCCUGAGCUCUGGUACCGCAAGAUCUGUGGCUUCGAUGUCCUCUACCCGCCCGAGCGCUAUGGCCACGUGCUGAGCGGCUGGAUCUGUGGGGAGGAGGCCCUCGUCAUGGAGAAGUGUGACGACGAGGCAGUGGCCGAGAUCUGCACGGAGAUGCUGCGGCAGUUCACAGGGAACCCCAACAUUCCAAAACCUCGGCGAAUCCUGCGCUCAGCCUGGGGCAGCGACCCCUACUUCCGUGGCUCCUAUUCGUACACGCAGGUGGGCUCGAGUGGGGCAGACGUGGAGAAGCUGGCCAAGCCCCUGCCGUACACGGAGAGUUCCAAGACAGCGCCCAUGCAGGUGCUGUUCUCAGGUGAGGCCACCCACCGCAAAUACUACUCCACCACCCAUGGUGCUCUGCUCUCUGGCCAGCGUGAGGCUGCCCGUCUCAUCGAGAUGUACCGAGACCUCUUCCAGCAGGGGACCUGAGGGCCUUCUCACUGCCAAGAGUGUUCCUUAAAGAACCACUAACUCGUGACUGCCAGCCCUGCCCCUUGCUGCUGUGUGUUCCUAAUUUCCUAAUCCUCUGUAGAGUGGACUUGUAUCUUUUGUAGGGAUAGACACCCUAACUGGCUUUGGACCUGGCCCUGUAGCUUUUCCUUUUCUCCAUGCCGGGUGGUGACCAGGGUGGGGCCCGUUGAUUUACCUCUGUGAUCUGACCUCUGACCUCCCUGUCCCUCCCCUCCCCCCUUGUUAUUGUAAGUGCCUUCAAUACUUUGCAUUUUGGGAUAAUAAAAGAGGCUUGCCCUUCCCAAGUUCCUCAGCUCCUCUCUUCCAUUUUCCUCA